GCAGCUCCAGCACCGCAGGCUGCAACCUCACCCUCUUGCCCGCCAUGGACGAAAAAGAAGAGACCAACGAGCCCCUCGACCUUGUGCGUCUCUGUAUUGACGAAGUGGUCAUUGUGAAAUUGCGCGGCGACCGCGAAUUGAAGGGCAGGCUUCACGCUUAUGACUCGCAUUGCAAUCUAGUUCUUGGAGAUGUCGAGGAGACUGUCUUCAUUGCCGAGGAGGACGAGGACGACCAGGAGCCCCGCGUACGGACGGUUAAGAAGCAGAGCGAAAUGCUCUUCGUAAGAGGUGACUCGGUAGUCCUGAUUGCACCGGCAGAAGGAACUUCGCAAUGAUGAUGCCAGUCGAAUUGCAGCAAAAACAGAACGCUUGCUACCAGCACAUCGCCCACGACAUGUACCCUAGUGCAGCAGCCAUGGCCGGUGAAGCAUUCAUGAAGGAGAUACCUGGGUGUGCACACAGCAGGGCGCAACGGUUGGCGCAGGCAUGGAGUCAGGGCCAAGACUGGCAAGCAGUGCGCUUGGAAGCCUCGCUCUCUGAGCGUCUGCCCCAAGUUUGCGACGGGAGGUCAUUCAGACAGUAUAGCAUUGCCAGACUCAAAGGAGUGUCGAAAUCCAUGUCAUCAAAGUCACGUACAACAAGCCCGUUGACCUUGCUGUGUUCUUCGACUCGUACAAUAUGUUCACUGCUUCGCAACUUCACUCAUGCUUGUUAGGCCACAGCACAGACAUCCCUCAUAUAUCAAAAGGUCAAUAAUAUCAAGAUGUAAACAUUAAAC